GGUGACGAUGGCCGUGCUGCGCGUCAUUCUACUGGCGGCCCUUCUGGGUCUUUGCCUCGGCAAGAAGAGAUAUGAUGGCUACAAGGUUAUCCGUGUGACUCCAGGCGAUGACUUCCAGUUGCGUUCCAUAGCGGACCUGAAACGCGGUUUGGAAGAUAAGGUUGAUUUCUGGGCCGAGCCCAGCCACGUGGGAAAGUCCGUGGACCUGAUGGUGGCCCCCUUUGACGUCGACUCUGUCCAGGAUUUGCUGGCCGUACACGGCCUGGAGUCCACGGUCACGAUCGACGACGUCCAGCAGGUGAUCGAGGAGACGAGCCCUGAUCGCCCGGACAACCUGGCGGCACUCUCCAACUUCAGAUACGACCAGUACCACAGUUUGGACGAGAUUUUGGCGUGGUUGAACGACGUGCAGGGAGAACAUCCAAACAUCGCCCAAAGGAUCGAUAUCGGUUACUCCCUUGAGGGAAGGAAGCUUUCUGUUCUAAAGCUCGGCAAGCCAGGGUCCAGCAAGCCGAUCUUCUGGCUCAUGAGCGGGACUCACGCUCGCGAGUGGCUGUCGCCUGCCACGCAACUGAAAAUGGUGGACUUGUUUCUGACCGGCUACGGCUCAAACUCUGAGAUUACCAACCUCCUGGACAAGAUGGACUUCUACUGGAUGCCGAUAGCCAACCCGGAUGGCUACGAGUACAGUCGAUCGAAUGAUCGUUUGUGGAGGAAAACGCGCGGGAAGACGUCAUCUUCUUGGUGUACCGGCGCAGACCCCAACAGAAACUGGAGUGACCAUUGGGAUGAUCCAUCACAGAGCACCUACGCCUGCGGGCAAACCUACCGGGGCCUGUCCCCCUUCUCUGAGGUGUGUGUUGACACGGUGGCCAAGUAUGUCUUGGGUCUGUCUAACGUGCAGGUGUUCAUUGACAUGCACUGCUACAGCCAGCUUUGGAUGACGCCGUACGGUUGGUCCACGAGUCUCCCGUCAAACUACCAAGCCCAGAAAAAUCUUGCUGACAGCGCCAUGGCUGCGUUGAAGGCCGUCAACGGAUUAAACUUCCAAACUGGCAGCAUUGCCGGUAUCCUGUACGAAGCCGCUGGAUCGAGCGUUGAUUGGGCGCAAAACGUGGCGGGAAUCCCCUACUGCUACGCCCCGGAGCUGAGGGACACGGGCUAUUAUGGGUUCUUGAUGCCGGAAAGCAGUAUUUACCCUAGCGCCAAUGAGGUCUUUGCGGCCAUUAAGGUCAUUGCCAACAACUUCGUCUAAGAACCAGGCUAGGACACAAUGCUUCUGUCCAUACGCAGACGGGCACUCUCAGCAAACGGGAUUUUCCGCCCGCUCGUGCAGAUUUUGUCUUAAUUAACGAACAAUUAAAAAAAAAAUUUAAAAUACGAAUUGAUCAUUUGUCCGUUAUUUUUUGGAAAUGCAUGAAUUUAGGGACUGCUUGGUCGCUUGGUGGCAGCAGACACAAUCUUUUCCCCGCCAAUUUUGAUUGUACGUUCGCACCCCUGUGUGCAUGCUUGCAGUUAUGUAAUGAUUGGAAGAGAUCUGGACAGUCAAAACUCCUCGAUUAUUCGCAUGUUGACAGCAAAUACAACAAAACCCUCUUUGCUAGAUGACAAUGCUAAAAUCCACUCAGUUGAAAAUAAAAGUAAUGAUAUGAUG